AGCUCACGGCAGCCGGCGGGAGCGCAGCGGGCGCGGAUGGCGGGCGGGGGCGCCGGGGACCCCGAGCGGCGGGCCGCCGGCUCCGCCAACGCCGCGGCCGCGGCGCCCGAGACCCGCGAGCACCUGUUCAAGGUGCUGGUCAUCGGCGAGCUGGGCGUGGGCAAGACCAGCAUCAUCAAGCGCUACGUGCACCAGCUCUUCUCGCAGCACUACCGCGCCACCAUCGGCGUCGACUUCGCCCUCAAGGUGCUCAACUGGGACAGCCGCACGCUCGUGCGCCUGCAGCUGUGGGACAUCGCGGGGCAGGAGCGGUUUGGCAACAUGACCCGAGUAUACUACAAAGAGGCUGACGGUGCCUUCGUCGUCUUCGAUAUAUCAAGAGGUUCUACAUUUGAGGCAGUUUUAAAAUGGAAAAGUGAUCUGGAUAGUAAAGUCCAUCUUCCAAAUGGCAGCCCAAUUCCUGCUGUCCUUCUCGCCAACAAGUGUGACCAGAGGAGGGACAAUGGCCAGAGUCUUCCCCAGAUGGACCAGUUCUGCAAAGAACAUGGCUUCUCUGGGUGGUUUGAAACCUCUGCGAAGGAUAACAUAAACAUAGAUGAAGCAGCUCGGUUCCUAGUGGAGAACAUCCUCACAAGCCAGCAGAGCUUUUCGAGUGAAGAAAAGGAUGUGGAUAAGAUCAAACUGAGUCAGGAGAACAUCACGGCAGAGAGCAAAUCCCAGUGUUGCUGACUGCUCACUCUUGUCUGUCUCCUAUGGGAUGUGGCCUUGCCCCAUUCAGAAAAGGUCCCUAUUCUGAGAAUAGCCUACAGUGGCAGACUCCCCACUCUGUGAAUCUCCUGGGCUGUACUUCCAAGUGACAGUAAUGCCAUCCUGGGGAUUCCACACUAAAGUGGUCCAUGGGUGGAGUGGUCUGGCUAUACCUUAGUGUAUGGGCCUUAACCUGUCAUCAUUGCCAUUGUGUUCAGGAUAAUGUUUACAUCCCUUUAAAUAUCCUUUUAUUUUUUUUCUUUAAUGGCAUCUCCUCGGGAUUCAGUAAGACUUCAGAGUUGUAAUUUGUAGGAUACGCGCUGGGGUGGUAAUGAAACUUUACCUACAAUCUGACAAUAAAUUUAUGAGUCUAUUUCUAUAUCCAUAGUCCCUACUCAGUUGCCAGUGAGGUUUUUUAGACUAUCAGCCAAAGGAAAAAUCAGAGUUACUGUUUAGUCAUG